UUCAACAACAAACAGUCCAUGUAAAAAUAGCUACCUAGUCUGACAUUAGGUCUGUUCUUUCCCAUGGAGGUGAACAGCCAAGUGCAUGAUAUUUACAACACGUGCUUCCGCAUGCUUUCCUGAAGUUGACUGUUUGGUUUAGAUGUGUGUCAGGAUGGAGGUCAUUGGGAUAAAGGUCUUGAGCUCUGGACUUAGCUCUCUCUCUCUCUCUCUCUCUCUCUCUCUCUCUCUGCCAGUGAUGCCCUGACUGAGUGCCAGGAUUUUGGCCUUCUAGUGUGGCUAUACUGCACGUACUAUGUCUGUAUCCCUUCUGUUUGCUUUCUUGUGCCCACAGACGGUAGUAAUAGUAACUUUUGUUAUUGUAUUGUUCGUAACAGUGUCUCUCUGUCUCUCUCUCAAACACACUCUCACUGUGUGUGUGUGUGUGUGCGUGCGUGCGUGCGCGCCCGAGCGUCCUGACUCGUUCAUUGGUGCGCUGAUUGGACGUGUCAUAACUUUUGGUGGAUUACCCCAGUUUUGCUCUGCCUCUCGCACAAACCAUCCUCCAGUCAGCCGCGCGUCACAGUCACCCCUCAUCGACAGCAUCACCUAUUCUUGCGCUUACUUUUUUUUUCUUUUUUUUUUCUUUUUUUAAAAAAAGAAAAAAAUAAAAAUUUCUUGUGAAUGCUAAAGGACAGGACUUGAAGUUUAAAAACCACCACCACCACCAAAAAAAAAAAAAUGUGUUCAGCUUCGGCACCAAUCUCUUUUUUAUAUCCAGCCGUGUGGGCAUGCCUGUGUGGUGAUGGGUGGCGCGGUGUUGUUCUCACUUCGCUCGUGCUGCUGAGCGCGCUCGUGCCCCAAGGCCUUGGAGCGGUGACUGGCUGCACGACCUGCGGCGCUCGACACAUGGACAAGGGCUCGGAGGAGCGGUUCCUCAUCGAGCUGGCCAAAAAGCAGAUUCUGAGCAAACUUCACCUGCGGGAGAGACCCAACAUCACGCAGACGCUGCCGCGCGCCGCGCUCGCCACUGCUCUGCGCAAACUUCACGCGGGACGCGUCCGAGCGGAUGGCACAGUGGAGCUGGAGAACAACCUGGCGAGCGCACAGCAGACAGACCAGGCGUACGAGAUCGUCAGUUUUGCAAAUAUAGAUGAUGUGGAUUCCAGCUCCAUCUUGUCAUUCCAGUUUCUGCAGGAGCAAGGUCAAAGCAUACAGGUGCUGCAGUCCUCCCUGUGGGUGUUUGUGCACCCGACCAACAGUCCCCUCCCGGUUGGCCGUGUCUCUGCCCAGGUGUACUUGUCAGAAACAAACAGUGGCAACCGCACCCUCCUGAUCCAACGCAGCAUUGAGGUAGUAAGGGGUGGGUGGCAGACCUUUCCGAUCACCCGCACCAUGCAGGCCUUUUUGGAUGGUAGGCAGCAGCGCCUGCAGCUGGAAGUGCACUGUGAAGUGGGAGACCAAAACCUGUGCAGCCAGAGUGGUACUGAUGCAUCCCAGAGGUCCUACUUGGUGGCACAGGUUCAGCUCCGUGAUGACGACCCCAAGCAUACAGUUAGCAAGCGCUCUCUGAGCUGCGGUGAUGACGUCAGCGUCUGCUGCAAGAAGGACUUCUAUAUCAAGUUCCAGGAUAUCCAGUGGCAGGACUGGAUCAUCGCGCCAGAGGGCUACCACAUGAACUAUUGUAUGGGCCAGUGCCCGCAGCACCUGGCUGGCUCACCAGGCAUCGCUUCCUCCUUCCAUGCCACAGUGUUCAACCAGCUGAAGGCCAAUGGCAUUCACACGGCUGUCUCAUCCUGCUGUGUUCCCAUCCAGAGACGUCCACUCUCCAUGGUCUAUUUUAACUCGCAGCACAGCAUUGUGAAGACUGAUGUGCCUGAUAUGAUCGUGGAGUCCUGUGGGUGCACGUAAACAAAUAAGGAUUGUUAGAAUCAAGUUCACGUUGCAGAAAGGCACUUUUACCAUGAAGGUUUCUGACAUAUCGUGUGAGAUUAUAAAUACACAUUCAAAUACCCAGGGAGGGAAACAUUACAUGCAGUAAGAAUAUAAAGCAAUCCAGUUGAACAGAGUUUAUAACCAAGCCGCUUUAGUAUAUCAUCUGGUUCGUUACCCCUUUAAGAUAUUUAUAGCAUAAAUAUAUAAAUGCAGAACAGCUGAAUUGACACCUCUAUAGCAAUUAUUGGGCUCCAAGACUUUUCACUGUACUGUUUGAUUAGUUUUCAUCUGAGGCCACUGGCCUGACCUCUGCCUGGUUACCCAAUGAGAUGGGUAAACAUUUAAUUAUUGCCACAUUCUGAAAUGAAGGUCUAAGUAUACAAUAUGGUAAAAGUGACACACUGAUGUCUGCUUGCUGAUGGAUUGAGAAGUUUAGAUAUAAAUUAGAUUAUGUCUAAAUCUGCAUAUCUAGUAAAAACAUGACAUGUUUUACCAAAGUUCUCAAAGCUUUUUAGGUACUGUUUUGGUUACAUUAAGCAUUAGUAAAUGGUGUGUGGGUGUGUGUGUGUGUGUGUGUGUGUGUGUGUUCUAGAGGUGUUUUAUUCAAGUAUAUUAACUUAAGACUUAUUCUUUAGUCCUGUUAUUUUGUUUAGAUAUUGUUUAUAUUUUUAGAUUUUGUUUGUUUUUUUGCAAACAUUUUGAAAUUAUGCUCAAAUCCAAUGCAGAAACUUUUCAACAACCUUGAAAGACAAAGAGCUCACUUAUGUAAGGUUUGCAACAAGUUGUCAUUUCAGUGAUUUUUAAAGCACUUCCUGUCCCAAAACAUUUUAUCAUGGGGAUGUUUCAGGGUUAGGGCAUCAUCAUUUGCUUCAUAUUCCAUGUUUACACUUCUCUUGAUUUCACCAUCAGGGCCACAUAAAAGAACAAAGUCUUUCUAAUGCUAGGCUUAUGUAACUUCUGCCUUUAUAACUUGCAUGUUUGACAGGAACACAUGUAGGUUUUCCAGGAAAGCUUUUUCAUGUUUGGGGGCUGCACUUUAUCUCUCAAAAUGCAAUAAUUUAAAUGCAUUUCUUUAUUUUAUUUUUUUCAAUCAUUCACAUGUGUAUAUUAUUUAGUUUUUCCAUUUUCAUUAGUACUGCUAAAUACACAGUAAGUUAUGUCUAAAUGGCAACACUGUAAGUUAAGUUCUCAGAAAAGACAUUCAUUUUAAAUUUAAUUUAUAUAAUUUUGUAACAAUGUGCUAUUUUCUUAAAGUGUUAUAUUUUGAAAAUCUUGUAUAGUGUAAUUAUAUUGAUUUUUUUCUAUUUCAAAGAAAUAAAUAUUUACCUAUUAAAAGAAAUGGUUUAUUAAGUGUUUUUUUUAAAUAUAAAAACAUGAAAACUGAUAUAUUUUAAUAUGACACCAUAUUUAUUUCAUCUCGAAAAAAAAAAAUUCAUUAGAGAAAGUAUUAUCUUAGAUAAAGUAUUAUCUAAGUAGUAACUAACCCAGAAGAUGGGCCACUUGUGUGGUUUUUUUUGGGGGUUUACAAAAAACUAUAAAGCACAUAAAUAUUUUUAAUGCUAAAAGAGUUUCAUAAAAUAUUAUUUAGAUUGUCAGGUUGGUAUCUGUAUAUGAUCUGUUAUUGAUUUAGAGCACUUAAAAUCAAUAAUGUCUGAAAGGCAAAGAGUGUGUUUGCUUGGGCAAACACCUGAAUUAGUUUUUCUAUGGACCGUCUAUAUUUGCCAAGUAAACAUUCAUCUUUUUUUUCAAGACCUAAAUCCACUGUGAAAUUUACUGAAAUCUUCAUUUAAUAUCUGUUGAUAUUUGAUAGAGUCCAUGAUGCCAUGUAUCCUAACAAAAUAUCCAGAUCCUCUGGCAGAAAAACAGCCCCAAAACAUUAAAGAGCCACCACCAUAUUUAACCGUGGACAUGAGAUACUUUUCCAUAUGAUUACCUCUCUGUGUGCACCAAAACCACCUCUGGUGUUUAUUGCCAAAAAGCUCUAUGUUGGUUUCAUCUGACCAUAGAACCCGAUCCCAUUUGAAGUUCCAGUAGUGUCUGGCAAACUGAAGACGCUUGAGUUUGUUUUUGGAUGAGAAUAGAGGCUUUUUUCUUGAAACCCUUUGAAACAGCUUGUGGUGAUGUAGGUGACUUCGGAUUGUAGUUUUGGAGACUUUCUGACCCCAAGAUGCAACUAACUUCUGCAAUUCUCCAGCUAUGAUCCUUGGAGAUUUUUUUGGCCACUCGAACCAGUCUCUUUACAGUGCAUUGAGACAAUAUAGACACACGUCCUCUUCCAGGUUGAUUCAUAACAUUUCUAGUUGACUGGAACUUCUUAAUUAUUGCCCUGAUGGUGGAAAUGGGCAUUUUCAAUGCUUGUGCUAGUUUCUUAUAGCCACUUCCCAUUUUGUGAAGCUCAACAACCUUUUGCCGGACAUCACAGCUAUAUUCCUUGGUCUUACCCAUUGUUAUGAAUGACUAAGGGAAUUUGGCCUAUGUGUUACCUCAUAUUUAUGCCCCUGUGAAACAGGAAGUCAUGGUUGAACAAUUUCCUUUUCCUAGUCACCCAGGUGUACUAAAAAAUGCUAAGUAUCAAUUGGAAUAUACGUCAAAUAUAUUUUUCUCAUAUGAACUUAUAGGGGUGGCAAUAAUUGUUACACACAUAUUUAACAAAGAUAUUUUUAUAAAC